AAUAUCGCUCACAAAACAAUUCAAGAUAAACAUUGACAGAUUGUGAUAUGUUGUAGUGUAAAAAGCUAUUUGAUGGAAUCUCUAGUUGUUGUCGGACAUUUAAGAGAUCGAUACAUCGCUUGGAAUCUUACUCGGAGCGGACAAGUGACGCGAAUAAGAUUCCGCUGAUGAAAUAAACACGCAGCCACACAUCGACAUGGGCAAAAUAACUGAAGCUGAAAAUGUUCCUCCAAGAGGUCUGGGCAUGCGUCACCUGCAGACGUUCCUACUGUUCCUGGCGCUGUGUCUUGUGUACAGCAUGCGCGUCAACAUCAGCAUGGCCAUCGUCGACAUGACCGACAUUACCAAGGAAGACCACUUCGAGUGGAGCUACAGCAUGCAGUCGAUGAUCCUCUCGUCGUUCUUCUGGGGCUAUGUGCUGCUGAUGCUGCCCUCUGGUGAGCUGGCCAAGCGCUUCGGCGGCAAAGCGCUCAUCACCGUCUCCGUGGGUGUUAACGCGCUCGUUUCUCUGAUUUUGCCAACUGCUGCUUAUUAUGGCGGCUGGAAGUUUGUGGUGGUAUGUCGUAUUCUGCAGGGGAUGUCACAGUCAUUUGUAUUCCCCUCUAUGCACCACCUCGUCAGUCAGUGGAUACCGCUCGAGGAGAAGGGCAGACUCAGCACUAUCAUAUAUGCUGGCAGUCAGUUGGGCGUAGCCAUCCAGCUCAUCUCGUCAGGGUUCAUAGCAUCUGCGUGGGGCUGGAAGGCGAUAUUCUACACAAAUGGGCUGCUGGGCGGCCUGUGGACCGCUGCAUAUGUCUUCCUCGGCGCCGCCUCGCCCGAGCAGUCCAAAAUGAUCUCACAACAUGAACUCAAAUAUAUACAAACGUCUUUAGGGCGAACUGAAGAACAAAAGAAACACCGCACUCCAUGGCCGAAGAUCGUGACGUGCUUCCCGUUCUGGGCGGCCGUGGUGGCGCACUGCGGACAGAACUGGGGCUUCUUCACGCUCAUGACGGAGAUGCCCACGUACAUGGCCAAAGUGCUGAAUGUCAACCUGAAACAGAACGGCGUGCUGUCGUCUCUGCCGUACCUGGCCAUGUACCUGCUGAGCUUCCCCGUGGGCUUCCUCACCGACUUACUGAUCAGGCGCCGCUGGCUCAGCAUUACCAACACCAGGAAGUUGGCCAAUUCUAUAGGUCUUUGGGGUCCGGCUCUGGCCCUAAUCGGUCUCUCGUACGCGCCCGAGGGCAACAUGGUGGUAUCCGUGCUCAUGCUGACCUUGACGCUGGGUAUCAACGCGGGUCACUUUACAGGCUACAUGUUAAUUUUGGUGGACUUGGCGCCAAAUUUCAGUUCGUCUCUGAUGGCCAUCUCGAACUUCUUCGCUAACAUAAUAUCUAUCAUAGCGCCCUUAAUUUGCGGUGUCAUUAUACAGGAUGAGACAGACCCAGCGGAGUGGCGGAAGGUGUUCUUUUUAGCGUCGGGCAUUUACUUCUGUACAAAUCUGUGUUUCGUUCUGUUCACGACGUCCAACAAACAGCCCUGGAACGACCCAGAGGAAAAUCUUUCCGAGGAGAACGCAGAAAAACCAGUCGAAAAAUAAUACUUCGGAGCGUACGACUGACGUGUGUUUUGUACCUGAACUAUUGUAAAAUACACUUAUAAUAUGUACGAAUUAUUUAAAUUAU